AUGUCGAAGCUGCUAAUGUUCGUUGUUUUGGCUGGACAUGCUGUGGGGCAAGAACACACAUCCCAUUGGAUCGUGAACGGUGGCCACUGUCAGAUUCAAGGAUCUUGCGUGGUGCCUCCUGCGAAUGCUUUUGGUCAAAGAUGCUCCUUCACCUCCAUCCUGGAGCCCGGCUGGGCAGUGCGAGGCUUCAACACGACGUCUCCACAACUGGUUGAGAAUCCUCCGCAUUACUAUUGGGUGGCCGCUCCUGCGGGCGGAACCACUCCAGAGUGGAAGUAUUGUCUCCUGGAAAGCUGCGCGUUGGCCACGUGCGACGCAGGGCAAUUACCUCGAACCGAUGCAGCGGAGAUCGUCCCGGUGAACAAAUCGGACUGCUGCGAAGCGUCCUGCGGGCAGUUUCCAUGUCCUUCAGGCUUUACCUUGCGAGCAGAUGCCAACACCACGGUCGCACACGGCGAGGGAACAUGUUGCGAGCGCUUGUGCAGCAGUUUUCAUUGCCCGGCAGCCUUCGAACCCAUUUUCAACGCGCACCUCGUGAAGGGUGACCGUGUCUCGCAGUGUUGCAGGAAGCUGCCCGAGUGUCAGAUGAAUUCCAACUACAAACCCGUGGACAUGGCCGGCACGAAGCCUCGCAAGGUCGAUUCAGCUGCCCAAUGCUUUGAACUCUGCGAGAGGACUCCGCUUUGCUCGGGUUUUUCAUGGUUUAGAGACAGAAGCUGCCACCUUGCGGACGCAAAUGCAAGCUUGCAGUUUAGUGCACACAGUGCGAGUGGAAACCGUUCUUGCUAUGCGAAGCUGGCGCCGCGUGCGCCUGAGAAAAAAGCUGCGACCAAGGGGCAGCUCUCGCGAUCGUAUUGCCAGCGCCAGCCCAAGCGCUGCAGUGGCCGAAGCUUCGAAACCGUUGGCCCUCGAGUGUGGAAUGACUACAAAAGCAGUGUCACGCGGGGUGUGGAAGUCGUGGAUUGGGAUGGCGACGGUUUCUUGGACAUUGUAACUGUCCCAUCACUAAUCUCAGAGGAAGAUUGGGCAGGGCUUGAUGCAAGCCUAGACUUGCACAUUCAACUUCACAACGAUCCUCUCCCAAAAGGCCACAUUACUUUGGACGAUUCUAUGGAUACGGUCGAUCGACCGCAGCUCUCGAUCUUUGAUUGGGAUUCGGACGGCAAAUUGGAUUUGCUCCUUGGGAUGGGGUCCGGCAGAUUGAGGUUCUUCAAGGGUGUUGACCCACCGGCAGGACAGGUCCGAGACUUUCAGCCUGCAGAGGAGCCACACCCAUUCACUUCCAUCCGUGGAAACAAUAAUUCCGCCCCAGCAAUGGCCUGGUGGAACGAGGAUGAAUAUCCAGACUUGGUGCUGGCUCAUGCUUGUCAAGUCGAUAUUUUUCUUGGAAGUGCUGAUGGCUCCCUACACUUGGCAUACUCUCACUACUUUGAUGGAGGAGCAUGCAGUCUUGUUCCGACUGUUUGGGACUGGGACAGUGAUGGUAAGCCUGAGCUGAUCGUCGGAGACGAGCAGGGCAAGCUCCACUUAUGCAAAUCAAUGAUAUCCAGGAGACCAUCCAGGGAGCGGUUGCAAUGCUCCAAGGAGGAGUUCAAAAUUCUGGGCGUGGGAAGUGAUGCUUCACCAGCUGCGUGUGAUUGGGACAAGGAUGGCGUUCCAGAUUUGAUGGUCUAUGGUAGAAGCGAGUUGCUGGUGGAGCCUCACUGGUUUCGACGCAAUGAGUCAGGUGUGGCUUUGAUGAACCCUGCGCAUCCAUUGGACGGCUUUGACCUGGGGGCAAAUGCUGUGCCUACCUUGGUGGAUUGGGACCUUGAUGGGGAUUUGGAUCUCAUUGUUGGCAGUGACGAUGGCAGAGUGUGGUACUUUCCUUGGCACAAUGGAAGCUUUCAUUCGAUGAAUGGUUGGGAUGGUCCUUUUGUGCAAAUAGAUGUUGGGUCCAAGGCCGCGCCUGCAACUGUUGACUGGGAUUUGGAUGGCUAUCCAGAUUUGGUGGUCGGCAAUGGAAAGGGGAGCUUGGCCUUCUUUCGUGGAGGGCCGGGCAAAAUUUAUCCUGCAGGUGUGGAAGAGAACCCAUUCUACUUCAUUCAGACUGGGUUGCAAGUCGCCCCAGCUUUUGCCGACAUGGAUGGAGACGAUGACUUUGAUUUGGUGUUUUCAAGCGGACAGUUUGACAACGCCGGCACCUUCUACUUCGCUAACCACAAUGGAGAAUUGGUCCCUGAACCAUCCCCAAUUCAGCAUGUGGACCUCUCCCCUUUGGCUGGCUAUGUCCAGGUCCCUACGUGUUUGCAAUUGGUUGAUUUCGACGGGGAUGGAGAUUUGGAUUUGCUGACCGGGAGCAGCUAUGACGCGACUGCAUGGUUUCUGGAACAAUUUGAAGAUGGCACCUUCUAUCACGCACAGGGGGCGAGCAAUCCUUUUGCUGCAGGAAUGAUAGGUCUUUCACCCUGCCCCGCUUUGGGUGACAUCGAAUUCGAUGGAGUGGGAGACCUCGUGGUGGGCGAUGGGCAAGGCAUGCUUCUGAUGUUUCAGCACCAACCUAUGCAACAUCUCGGCCUGGGAACCAAAAUGGAGGACCUUGGGCAAAAAUCGAGCCUCCAACUGUUGUAG